ACAGUAGUAGUAGAAGAAGAAGAAGAAGAAGAAGAAGAAGAAGAGGAGUGAAUGAGCUAACAGCAGCGGGGGACAUCAGAGCCUGUUAGCAGCUGGCUAACGUGAAGCUAAAGGCUAACGUGAUGUCUACAGCCUCUAAAGUGGUCCUGGGAGUUUCUGUGGUUCUGACUCUGAGCACUGUGGCUGCUGUUCACCUCAAACAGUCCUGGGACAAACAGCGUCUCCACGAGGGUGUUGUCAGGGAUCUGGAGCGGUUGGAGAGGAAGAAGGAGAACCUGAGGCUGCUGGAGGAGCAGAGGACUCUGACCAGACAGCUGGAGGACGAGAGACAACGCAGACAGGCAGAGCUCCGCCCACAGGACCAGUGA